AUGCAGCAGGCCUCUGGUAUCGCACGACCUACAGCAAAGACCACUGGCACCAGCAAAGUACCUGCCAGAUUGCCAACUGCAACUGAUAGACCUCAACCUACCCAUUCGCCGAUCGAAGGAAUCGCAUCCUCCCGCGGCCGAACACUCCUCCCACAGCGCAGCAAUACCGGUCGAGACGAAAGCCAUGAAAGCCAGAGCACUGGACAACCGUCACUCCAGCCACCCGAGAAUAAGCCUGUGCGCGAAACCUCGCCAAAGAGACAGCAAAAUGUAAACGAAACGAAGAAAGCGCCAGCAAGCACUGCUACCGCGUCGGUGCUCGCCCGUCGCCAAAGCCUAAUGCGACCUGGAACGUCCAGGGUGACUCCCAUCUCGACCUCGAGCAGGGGCAAUGCGUCUAAUUCUACGAAACCACCGCUCUCGACGGCGCCACCCUCGCCGCGCAAGCAGCCUACAGCUCGAACACCUACGCAACCUACUCCGAGACCCUCUUCCCCUAAAAAGACGACCAUGCCUCCACCGCCGCGACCUGCACGCUCAGCUUCUCUGAGACAACCCGCAAAUAACACGAGACCAGGAGUGGGGUCACAGGUUGAAACCAGAGGCCAUGCGCGGCAUCGGAGCCAGAUGGUCUCGGGGACUGUGAAGAAGACUCAAGCCGACUCUGCAACUGCCGCUACUGCCCAGAAAGCCAAGGCACAAUUUUCGACUUACCAACAACAUUACUCUCCCAAAAAACCGGUAGCCAAACCUCCGACACCUACUCCUGGCACACAUUCGUCCUUGGCAGCAGAUGGCCUGCUGAUUCCAGCGUCAUGGCCGGAUAUCACAGCUUUACAAACCGAGCUUCUUCAGCUUAGUCUUUUACAUUCCAACUCCCUCCAGCGCCAAGCGGAUUGGAAGGUAGAAUCAGAAACACGGUUGCACAAGAAGUACGAUGCCGUGGCUGAUCAAUAUCGCUCUACGUUAGGGCAUGAAAAACAACGUCAAACUCAUAUCAAUAUGCAAGCUCUCGGAUACUGGGCCCAGAAUUGCCAGGGUCACCACGGCUCGAGUGAUUUCUCCCAACAGAUUCAGAUCAUGUCUCAAAUAUUACAAGAGGUAUCCGACCUUAUUUCCCAAGUGCAUGGUCGAUAUACCCGAGCGGUGGAAACCUUCGAGGCCUGGUUUUACGAAGCAAAGAACAUUCGAUCCCAUAGGGAGUCGUCGGGCAUCGACGAUCGAGUUGUCUUCAUCGACCCAUUGGAUCAUACUUGGAAGGAAGAGUUGCAUGCUCUGAAGGCGAAAUUGGAUCUCUGCAUGCGGCAGCUUGGAAGUCUUGAUGUCCAAGCUUUUACCAGGGUCGAGGGACUGGAACAAUCCGCCCUGGUGCGGGUGACACAGGGCCUGUAUGAAUCAACCCAGCUUAUGAUUCAAGAGAUUCACUCCAUGCAAAAAACUGAGAGUGAAAUCAUCCGCGCGGAGCGAGAGCAGGUCAGUCAGCUAGCCGCUGGGUUGGCCAAUGUUCAUCGGGCAACGUUGCAACCACGGGCAGGGCUUUGGAUGUCAUGA